AGCUUUCUCUGGCACACUUUUUUUUUUUUUUUUUUUUUUAAGUUUUGUUUUUCGGCGAGAUGAGUCGAUUCGCCGUGCCCGCUGCUGCUGUGCCUGCUGCUGUGUUGCAUCGGCGCGUCCACCCGCAGCGCAGCCUCCAUCCACACUGUUAUUCCCGCUCGUCGCUGGCGUGCAUGCCAUCACUGCCGCGGGCCGUCCUUCUCGUCGCAUCGGUCCUGGUUCUCGCUCCCGCCCUGCUGGGAUUGGUCGAAAACGCAAGCGCUCAAACGACAUAUUAUCCUCAGACGCUCGGUGGUGGCAAGUGCUGCGCUUCGGUUGCCGCGUGCUAUCUCGUGCCAGACAGAGGCGUAAACCUGCCAUCGAAUUGCAACGGCCACGGUUCGUACACGAGAUGCACGGGCGAAAACCGCAAGCGAUGCGUGUGCGAGUCCGGCUGGCAGGGAGCUCAGUGCAAUGUCAGGACCUGCCCGUCCACCAGCGCCACUGCGCCGUGCUCUGGUCGCGGUACCUGCAACACAGCGACGGGCGUGUGUGCCUGCAAUUCUCCGUUUAGCGGCUCAAUGUGCCAGACAUCGUCGAGCACCAUCCCUUGCCCAAGCAACUGCAACGGGCACGGCUCGUGCGACACGUCGUCCGGUACGUGCACAUGCACUUCUCCGUAUGUGGGGGCCGAUUGCUCGGUCAGCGAGUUUGCCGUGGAUACGGUCAUUCCGGAAGCGGUUGCGUACACUGGCGGGAGCACCAUCAACGUUUACGGCGUCAACCUCGACAAUGUCAUUGUUUGCGUCGACACGGACGGCUCCACGACUGCGUCUGCAUGCUCGAGCACACCGUCCAAGCAAUGCAGCAUUACGGACGCCACCUGCGGCCGCAUCACCUGUACCAUGCCUGCCGUGAGCGACUCUGGCCCCUACUUUCUCGUGUUUGCCGACACUGCCACGAGCUUCACCAUCACCCGAUCCAUCUUCUUGUACGGUGUCCCCGCAACGCUCGUGGCCAUCACGCCAGACACCUCGUCGACCGGCAACGUGGUGACUGUUGACACGAAUUCGGCCAACUUCCUCGACAUUUACCGCCCGUCCUUCUCUGUGGUUGACGCCCAGGGCGAUUUGGUGACGCAAACCCCGGGGUCGAUUGUUCUCCAGGCAAGAGUGUCGCCAUUCCCGUUCGUCCGUCAGGGGCUCACCACCACCCUCUUCCCGCAAACGACCCCGCUCCUCAGCGGUCUGGUCGUGUCGCUGUUUGCCUUUGGUUUUCAAGGCGAGCCCGGCCAAACGUACAACGUCACGUUCAAUGCCUCGUACACGCUCGACAGUGACACCUUCCCGAUCGCUGUCUCGCCCUCCAGCAUCCUCUACGUCGUGAAUGUGUGCCCGACGCCCGGUGCUGUGACACACGCCACUCCUACCAAUUCCUCUGGCAUGUGUCCGAGUGGGUUUUAUCGAUCGCGCUUUUCAAACACAACCUGCAUUGCCACAGAUCCCUCCUCGUCGUGCUUUUGCAAUGCUGGCUACUACGAAACCACCGAUGGCUGCACUCCUUGUGGCAUGAACUUUUACAAGGCUACCGCCGGAAACGGACUCUGCACUGCUUGUGACACGCGCAAAGUCACCGUCGCAACAGCGUCGGACGAUGCCUCUCUGUGCUUGUGCGAGGCAGGGUACUACAGCGAAACGCCAUACACCCCUUGUAUCCAGUGCGACGAGCAGCAAGUGGACUGCAGUGGCACCAGCAUCACACCGCGCACGGGAUUUUACGUUUCGCCAACGCAAGAGGUGUAUCCGUGUCUCGACAACAAUGCCUUGCUUGGCGUCACCGUCUCGAGCAGCGCAUGCUCCAAGGUCUACGAUGCCAAUACCUCUGCGGUUGUUGGCUACUGCGUGCCUGGCUCUACCGGGCCUCUUUGCGCUGUUUGCGAAGAUGGCUACUUUCGCUACAAUGUUGAAUGUCGAGAGUGUGAUUCGGAAAACGGCGGUCCCAGCGCAGGAGCAGCACUCGUCUCGAUUCUGAUGAUUCUGCUGAUCGUGUUUGUGGUGUACACGGCCAGCCGCGAGCGCACCAAACUCUCAAUGAUUUACCGCCUGAUGAUCAAUUUCCUUCAAAUCACGGCUUUGCUUGGCGACUAUCGUGUGGGCUGGGUCGGCGUGCUCAAGGGCGUGUUUGGCGUUGCGUCAGCUGGCAACUUUGACUUCACAGGCUUCUCCUCCUACCAGUGUCUUCUCGAACUGAGCUAUGCUGAGACCUACAUCAUCACGCUGGUUGCACCUUUCGUCAUCAUCCUGUUCCUGGCGCUCUUAUAUUUCGUCUAUGUUGGACUUACGGCGCUUCCAUUCGUGCCGGAGAGCUGGCGGCCGAAAGACGUCAAUCCCAAGAGCCAAAGUUCGGCUGCGCGUCAGCUGUUUGACAAGUACCUCGGUGGCAUGCUUGCCUUGCUCUUCCUCUUCCAUCCAAUCAUUUCAAAGCACACCUUGGGCUGGUUCCGCUGCACGGAGAUUGCAGGUGAAGGCCGAUUCCUGAUCACCGACAUGACUGUGGACUGCGACUCGGACUAUUACCGUUCGUGGCUGGCCGGUGCGAUCACGGUGCUGGUGCUCUUCUGCUUUGGCGUGCCAUUGGCCAUGCUUGCUGUCCUCAUUCGCAACCGGAACAACUUGGACGACGUCGAUGUCAAGCACCGUUACCGCUUCAUGUUUGAGGGGUACCAGCCGCACCUCUACUUCUGGGAACUCGUGUACAUUGCCAAGCGCUUCAUUAUUGCUGCAAUUGCCGCCUUGUAUGUCGCCAAUCCUUCGAUUCAAGUCGUCCUGGCCUCGUGGGCCAUGUUUGUCGGUGUCCUGCUGCACGUCGCCUUCAAGCCCUUCACCAUGAAGAUUGUCUUCCACCUCGAACUGGUGGCGAUGAUUGUGACCUUCAUCACGAUGCUUUGUGGCAUCUUCCUCAACCAAAUUACGUCGACUGAGCGUGACGCUGUCGACUGGUCGUUGGCACUUGCCAAUAUCGGCGUUUUCGUGCUGUUUGGCGUGGUUUUGCUGAUUGCCUCCUCCCGACGCAUCUUUGUGUUUAUUCAGUCCAACACAAAGAGUUUGCGUCAUCGCUUCCAAGGCCCCAAGUCCUCAGAAGACCCCGACGAUGGCGAUGAUUGGUUUGCAGAGCUCCGCGUGACCCAAAACGGCGGAACGAUCCGAAACACCACGUCGCCCAGCAGCAAGCGAAAGUCGCACUACGACAUGAGCGUCAUGUCACCUUCGAAUGAAGUUGUGACAUUUAAGAAUGGCGGGUUUGACAAUGUUGAUGUUGUGAUGGAGAACCCCUGGGUCAAAUCCAAUGAGUUGUGAAAAGUGCGACUUUGCUGUCGAGCGCGAAAAUUGUUGGGUGUGUAGCGUUAAUUUUGUCAAAUGGCAAUCAAAUAUAGUUGUCCUCGUUUGUGAAA